AUGCUGGAGGUCUUAGCCGGACCUGAAGCGCGCUUAUAUCUUCGAGCCUACUUCUGUGUUUCCGCCUCAUCUCUGGUCGUCUAUGAUUACUGUCUCACUAUAGAUGACGAGCUGCAUCGGAUAUGGCGACAGCCGAUCAACGUUGCCAAAUGUCUUUUCCUCGUAUGCAGAUACGUCGGGCUCAUACCACUGAUCAUCCUCACUAUUGCGCACCUUUCUCUCCGACCCGAUGUAGUGUACUCCCGUCAUCACUGUAUGGCGUGGAACUGGUUCCAGACCGUUGUGUUUCACAUCUUGCUUUUGGCGGUCGAGGGCCUGCAGCUCAUCAAAAUCCAUGCCCUGUACGCCCGCCACAUCAAAACGAUGUCUGCCGUUUACCUGUUUCGCACUGGAACAUUUGUCGCCGUGAUGUACACCUCCGCAACCACCAUACGCCUAGCCUCCUACGAUAGCUCGUGCCUUGUUAACGAUAUACCGAAGCAGGCAAAUUACUUUGCUGCCGUCGCAAUGAGCACGCAAGUGUUUCUAUCGAUCAUGAUAGUUGGGCAUCAAACGGUAUGGGAGAACUUUCAGAAGUCCUCGUGGCUUGGGACCAUGUCGCGGGAUUCAGUCAUUGCAUGUUCUAUCAUUGUUGCCCUCCUGGCGAUGAUAAUAACGAAGGCCGAAGAGUUAGCCCACGUUCUACCUUCGAUUUUCAUCGCCAUCCUGUCGAUCAGCGGCUGUCGUAUGGUCAUCAACGUCCCUUCUUCCUCCGAGAAAGAAGACUACGGCGACGGUCGCACCAUAGCUACUGGCUCCGUGAAGCUAUCGACCUAUUUUGAGAGUUCUUUGGAUAUUGAACCUGAGUUGGACCUUCACGGGUAG